AUUAAGGCAUGAACUGGUAUGUCUGCAGAUGUGGCUCAGACGCAUCCUGUGUCUGCUUUUCAUUCUGACGCACCAACAUUUCGCCAGAGGUCCAUUAGAAUAAUAAUGCUUCCCCUCCUGCACGGGGCUCCUACAGUUGCGCACGCUCUGCUACACGGGGUGUGAUGUCUGUGGUGCUGAUGUUGCGGCUGUGGCGGAGACUGCAGCCGCAGCAGCCCGCCUCCGCGGCGCGCAACGUGCUGCGAAGCGUCAACUCGGUGUGCGUCAGGGAUGAGGCGCACAUGAGACCCUCAUGUGCGAGUCACAGAAAGAGGCACGUGUAGUGGGUGGUCCCCUGCACAUGGCUUUCACGUGGCCCCAGCAAACACAGAGCCCCGUUUCCAGCUGCCACAACGUCAGUCCGGUGCGGCAACAGCAGCACGCAACAUCACUAUACCAUGGCUGUGGAGAUGGAGCCCACGGAUGUGAUCCGCCUCAUAAUGCAGUACCUGAAGGAAAACAACCUCUACCGCACGCUGAGCACCUUGCAAGAAGAAACCACCGUCUCACUCAACACAGUGGAAAGCUUUGAAAGCUUCAUUGCAGACAUCAACAGGGGUCACUGGGACUCUGUCUUGUUGGCCAUCGAGUCCCUCAAGCUGCCUGACAACAUACUCACUGACCUCUAUGAGCAGGUGGUGAUGGAGCUCAUAGAAAUGAGGGAGGUGGGAGCCGCUCGCGCUCUCCUCAGACAGACUGAUCCCAUGAUCAUGCUGAAGCAGACCCAGCCUGAGAAGUACUCACGUCUGGAGAAGCUGCUCACUCAGCCUUACUUUGACCCCCGGGAGGCGUACCCUAAAGGCAGCAGCAAGGAAAAGCGGCGCAGAGCUCUGGCUGAAGCUCUAAUGAGGGAGGUCUGCGUGGUGCCACCUUCUCGCCUCAUCGGGCUUUUGGAACAAGUCACUUGCAUGACACGGCAGCAGAAUCCGGGUUGUAUCUCUGCCGACAUGAUCGUCGACUCUUCGGGGAAGAAGGAGCAACAUGUGGAGAAAGACAGUUUUCCAACGCAGCUGUACAGACACAUAAAGUUUGGGCGCCACUCACAUGUGAGAUGUGCCCGUUUCUCACCUGAUGGACGGUACUUGAUAACAGGAUCAGUGGAUGGCUUUAUUGAGGUCUGGAAUUUCAACACAGGAAAAAUUAACAAGGACCUGAAAUAUCAGGCCCAGGACAGCUUCAUGAUGAUGGACGACGCCGUGCUUUGCAUGUGCUUCAGUCAAGAUACAGACAUGCUGGCCACUGGAGCUCAGAACGGCAAAAUAAAGGUGUGGAAAAUCCAAAGUGGUCUGUGCCUGCGUAGGUUUGAGCACGCUCACAACAAAGGUGUGACUUGUCUGAGCUUCUCCAAGGACAACAGUCAGAUCCUCAGUGGUUCCUUCGACCAGACCCUCAGAAUUCAUGAACUGAGGUCGGGGAAGACACUCAAGGAACUAAAUGGUCAUUCAUCAUUUGUAAAUGAUGCAGCCUUCAUCAGAGAUGGAUCUCACAUCAUCAGCGCUUCAUCUGAUGGCAGCGUGAAGAUUUGGAACAUAAAGUCCUGUGAAUGCAUUAGUAAUCUGUCAGCAGCGCCAAGUAUUCCUGUGAACAACGUGAUUCCUCUGCCCCAAAAUCCCCAGCACUUUGUGGUUUGUAACCAGUCCAGCACAGUGGCAGUCAUGAGCAUGCUCGGUCAGACUGUGAAGACCUUCACUCCUGACCGGUCACAGACAGUAAACUUUGUGUGUUGCACCACGUCACCCCGGGGGGAGUGGAUCUACUGUGUGGGCGAGGACUGCGUGCUGUACUGCUUCAAAUACUCAACAGGAAGGCUGGAGAAAACGCUGACUGUUCACGAGAAAGAUGUCAUCGGCGUUGCUCACCACCCACACGAGAACCUGCUCGCCACGUACGGCGGGGACGGCCUGCUCAGGCUAUGGAAGCCUUAAGGAUGGGAGGCAGUAGCUUAUGGCAGCUGCAUCUGUGGGAAAGAAUGUUUUUAAACGGAGUUUUUUUAGAACAACGUAUAAACAAACACAACAACAAACCACUUGAUCGCAAACUGUUGAGGAACAUCACUUAUAAUCUGUAGCCAUAAUCUUAUUAAAUCAUAUUUUAUGGUAAAUGACAGACAUUUGCCUUUGAUAUGUUUUAUCUUUCUCUUUUUUAUCCAAUGAAAUUCCAUAAAAUGUAUCCAUUUAGGAACUUGAAACUGUUUUUGGCUUAUAUUACAACACAUUUUGAGGAUAUUAUGCCGUUUUGAGUGGCGUCGCAGUCUUCCAUGCUUUAUGCAGUCUUCCACAUACUGUACAUCCAAUCUCAGUGGUGCCAUUUCCCUCCAAAUUCAUCUUUUUUCAAAAGACAUAUAUUUAAAUAGUUACUAUCUUAAAUUUAUACCUUUUCUGGUCCAAAUUCUUUUUAAUUUACUGAUUUCUGAGUGUUCUCUGCAUGUUAUUUCAAUUCCCUGAAUGCUGACGUAUACAAUUUCUAGUAUAUGCAUGGGGAUUAAACUUCUUUUUUUUGUGUGCUUUCAUAACUGUGGCUUGUGCUAUUAUUUUUUUUUAUACACAUUGGUGUUUUUUGUGGAUAAACAUGCCUGCAGAUGAAAAAUAAAAAAUUGUAUUGCACUAUCUGGUGUUGUGGUAUAUUUCAAAGCAAAGUAAAUGUUCACUAUAGUAUAUAAUCUGUGAAAAUUUAAAUUAUAAAAAAAAAAUCUCAAAUUGUCAGUUUUUUUAUAAAGGUAAAGUUUAAAGUACAAAGUCUGAAAAUGAGAUUAGAUUAAAAAAAAUAUUUUUUUUUAAAUAUUUUUGUACAUUAAGACAUAAUAAAAAAAGCCCAGACAAGUUAUGGUUGUAGAUAAAUACAAGCUCAGAUUUAAAAAAGUUUUAUCAGUUUUCUGUCAAAAGAUGUCAAUUUCUGCUAACGGAAAGUUUCCACUUGAGAAAAAUGUUUCAGCUUUCAAGGAAAACCUCAAGAAUAGCCUUAAUGGUCUUGUUGCUAAUACAAGGAAAAAAAAUUAAAGUAAUCUUAUAAAUUAGGACAUUUUUAUUUAUUAAGAAAAACAUGAGCACAGACAAUCUUGGUCAAAAAACAAACCAAAAAACAAAAGUUCAGUUUAGACCUUGAGAUCCUUUCGUUUGUAGCUCAGUCCUCUGACAGUCUGAAGACUAAGAAAUGCACAUUGUUUAAAAUAAAAUCAGCACUUUCUUCUGUGAUUCCAUGUGUUGCAACAUCCAAAGAAAGUCCAAGGCAACAGAAAGGAAUAUUUAAGUCAUGAUCAAGCUUUGAAAAAAGGUAAACACUUCAACAGGGUAUUAAAACUGUCCAUCUUUAACCUUUCUUAAUCAAUUUAAAUAUUAUACAAAUACCUUUUUUUCUGCUUUUCCUCUUGAUAGAAUUUAAAUACAGUUUGGCACAGUAUAAGAUGGGUUAGAUAACAGCACUUCUUAAAUCUUUUAAGGUGUACAGAAGCCAAGUAUCAUCCAGGUGCUUUGGAGUUUAUUACACUUACAAAAAAAAA